AUGUGGGUUUUCGACGAGAUCCUGGUCCACCGAGAAGGCCAGGAUGUGGAGAUGUUCUUCGAAGCCCCGGUAAGACUUUUUCAAGCUUCUUUCACAAAAAUGUUAGCUUCGACUGCGUGAAAAUGAUGGCGUGAAGUAUUGGAGAAAGCUCGAAAAUCUUGAAGGCUUUUAAUUUUCAUAUCUAUUUCUCCUCAGAAAAAAAUCUUUCAAUUACGAAAAAUUUUUAAUUCAAAAUUUCAGGAGGACCGCCCCAGUUGCGACUCAGGCAUUCAGACCGAGGUGGGCCUUUUUUCUUUUGUUCAUCGAUAAAACUGAACAUCUCAACUUUGCGAGAACUCGAGCUUCUAUUUCGUAAAAUAGCUCGCACUUACCUUUUCGUAGACACAUGGGGAAGCUCUCAUGCAUCAGAAAGAACAGCCGAAGAAAAAAUGGCAAGAGUUGGACACCUGAAAAUCUAUCAAGUUCAUGCGUUUCAACACAAAACGAAUAUCAUAAAGUUUUCUAAAACUACUUUUUUUAACUACCGCAAAAAUAAAGAAAUUUUUCAGCGCCUCCAGGAGCGAGAGGUGGACCGUGCUCUGGACCAACACCAACGGCGUAUCCGGUUCUAUCUGGAUACGCUCAAGGCACGGACACAGCACGGAGGUACAGAACAAUUUUAAAAAUACUAGCCUUUCUCACGAUUCUCAACUAACUUAACUAAUCUAAUUUUUCAAGGUUUCAGCAAAAAAAAACGGUUCAUGACGUUUUGCUCAAAUUCAAGAUAGGCUGCAAAGCUUCAUGAAACUUGAAAAUUUGUAACGAGCUUACGAUAAGGAAGACGAAAAAUCUGUCCGAAAUGAGAGGAAGAAUAUUUUUCUCCGAGUUGAUUUUAAUAGGUAGAACCUCUUUGAUCAAAUACAGAGUCAGGUCUUCAAGUAUAAAACUUUUUUUAUAAAAUCAAAAAAAUUGAAUUUUUUUGAUAUAUAUAUAUAUAUAUAUAUAUAAGAUCCAUAAUAGUAUCUGACUCUGACAGAGAUACAGCUAGAUCUCUGAAUGAUUUAUUUCAUCGAAAAAAAAAAAAAUGAAUGAUCAAAACGGAUUUGACAAUUUUUCGCCCGUUUUCAGCUAUAUACUAUAGUAUCAAAUAUUGCAACUAUUCAAAAUUGACUCAACGAUUGAAAAAAACAGCGAGACCAGUAAAAUGUGAAUUUAAGAGAAAAUAAUCUCAGCUCUUUUCUUCUCUAUACACUUUUUUCUAAUAAACGGAAUUUUGUGGACCUCUUACUAGCUGAUAAACCUUUCUCCGCGUCUCGAAAAGUUUAUUCAAGAUCCAUUUCAAAAGACUUUAUAUAAUAACUUGUACAGAGAGAAAUAAUAAGACUUGCGCGAGUUUGAGCCUUAAACUUCGAGAGUAUAAACGAAAAAAAAAACUUCGGACUAGGGAACAUUUUCUAGCCUCGGGUGCAUUUGAUGAAAUUUUUCGGAGAUGUACUUCUUGUUUUUGAUUUUUUUGAGAUCUUAAAGUUCACUUUAUCGAAGUAUCAUCCUAAGUUCAACUGGGGGCUGGAAAACUUUUCCUAGUGAGAAAUAAAAAGUCAUUAUCAGACAUUAAAAACUAAUCAAAACGCUUUUUUCAGGUCCACAAACGAAGGAAGCCGGUGUCGCAACCGAUGGGGCGUGUGAAGAAGAAAAGAAGAAGAUCAAGGAGCUCCAGAAUGAGCUGGGAGAGAAGGACGAGGAAAUAAAGUAUGAAUUUCUCAGAAGUCUAAAUAAGAACUGAAUAAUUGAAUAAAUUCGAAGAUACAACUAAGUCUUAUACGGAAAAAAAGAUGUUGGAUUCUGAAACACAACCGAUUUUUUUCGAAAGAUUAAACUUCGCAUAAAAAAACCAGAUUCAAUACUUUUUCAAAAAAAUUUCGAUUUUUUUAAAAAUUUUUUUAACUAGACCGUAUCGUCCAAAAGGUGUAUUAUCUUGCAGUAAAGAAAUUGUUUCGAACUGCAAGAAGUUUCAAAAAUGUUGAACAGAGAAAAAAAUUCUGAUAGAAAAAGUGUGAUUUGCAUCUUUCAAAACAAUAACUAAAAAAUAAUCGAUCUAGAUUUUGAGCAAGUGAAUCAUCAAAGUGAGAAGAAGCCAGGCUGAGAUAAAUAUUCAGGGAAAAAAUUGAUGUCACCAAACGGUUGAGACCUCUCAACAAAUUCUUUAAUGUUAUAGGGAAGAAAAGGAGAAGGUCAUGAAGGCCAACUUCAAAAUCGGACGUCUGACGGCGGACCUCGCCCAGACGUCGCUCGAGUUGGGGUCGUCGUUGGCCAGGGGUAAUUUCUCUUUUUUAUGAAUGUACUAAUAAAAUCAUUUGCAGAAGAAAUCCUGCGCCAAGAAGUCCUUCUCCUCCGCGCUAGGCUCGCCGAAGCCGACGAGGAUAGGGUCAGGCUGGCUGCCCUACUCCAGGUUACUAAAAAACUAUAGAAUAAUCACCUGUAUAGGCUUGGGAGAGCAGUUACUGCUUUAACUACCCCAGAUUUGCCUGCAAAACAUUAUCGAACCCAUCUGAAGCUUUUUUCUAUCUCAAUCAAAGCUUAUGUGUUGAAACUCCUCGACAAUAUUUUCGUCAAAAAUGCGGGAAUUUUUGGCAAAAACAAAAAAAUAUAGAUAAAAAUGUAGACGCGCUUUGAAGUCAUUCUUAUCACUUUUGCCGAUAUUUCGAAAUGGUCAAGCUGUUUAUUACAACAUUUACACCUAAUUCAGAAUUAAAAUUCAACGAAAAUUCUUUCAAAAACUUUUUGAAGCUUUUUCUUUUUGAACCUACUUUUUAAAGCCCCUUUUCGGAGCCUUUUCUAUUAUUUUUGUUUUUUUAUAUCUUCUAAUUUUUUCAAUCAAAGUUAGCCAAAUUUUUUUUUAACCAAAUUAUAAUAAAAAAGGCUGUUUCUAAAACAUAAAAGCUUUCGACUUCAAAAAAGAUUCAAACUUUUCAGAGCUGCUUUCAUUAAAAUUAUUGCCGUGUUCAAUUUGAUUACGCGAAAUGCAACAUACUCGUUAGAGAAAGGAAAAGAUCCCUAAAUUUUGGAGAGUCAGAGACCAUUUUGCGUUUCGCGGAAUCAAAUUGAACACGGCAUAAAUAUGUGAAAAAGUUAGAAAGCUAAUUUCACAAACUUUUCAAACUGAUAAUUCUUUAUGUAAAGAUCUCGCUAUUCAAAUCAGUGUACCUGAGAAUUUUCGAGUGAAGGUAAAUUGGAAGACUUCGCGUUGUGGUUUCUGAAAAUGUAAUCGGAACUAAACAAAUGGGAAAAAUUGGCUCAAACUUCCUAUUCCAUUGUACAAAGAAUCAGGGCAACGGAAAGAGUUUAUAGAUUUGAAAUAGAGAGAAAGACAGUUUUACGGAUCAUUCUUAUUCGUCCGAUUGAAAAGUAGAAAAACAAUUUUAGAUGGACCAGGCCAGUACCAGAAAGCGGAGAGGAAGUUCAACGUCCCACUCGGACGAACCCUCCGUGAAGAGGUCGCGGAGUGAAGAGAGUGGAGGGGAGGCCUCGUCAGCCGGAAGCCCGGACGUUUUCCGGACGCCGGAACGUGGCGUCGAGCAUGCCAGAAAUGGCCACGACGCCACUUCCGGCCAAGAAGAAGAAGAAGAAGAACGGGAGCCGCAGUUGGAAGAAGAGGACGAGGUCGUCCCGGAGAGCGACCAAGAAGAGCUCUCCGAGUCCUCUUCUUCCGGCCCACCAUCGCCGGCCCCGUCGACCCCGCCCCGAUCCCCGCUGCCGAGACCGACGCCCCCAGCGACGCCACCAAGGACGCCCACGCCGCCGGUUCAGCCAACGAGACGGGUUAGUUUUCAGCGGAAAAUGGUCAUCAAUAGUGAAAUGAGAGGAUCUUGAACAAUCUUGAACGCAAGUUUUUGAAUGAAAAGUGCUGGAAAUCAUAAUUUAAAGAAUCAAAAAAGCGGAGAACAAAAAAAAUUUUAUCGUUUCGUUUCCGCGUGAAGUUCUAGCGCAUGAAACUGAAACGAAAAACAUUUGAAAAUCGAUAAAUAAAAUAUUUGAAAUCAUUAAAUUGGAAAAUUAGUUUUUUCAAAUUAGCAUGGACGGCCAAUAUUUUCUAAGUCUACUUGAACAAGCGCUUCCUACGACGGAGAAAUAGAAAUUUUAUAAAAAAAUCACAAUUUCAAAAAUUUUUGCCACAGAUCUACUCAACUUUUUAACUGCAUUUUUUUGCUAUGUUCUUAACCUUUUUUCCAUUUAAAGCUAUUUUUUUAAAGUAAUUUUUUUGACUCGCGAUGAAAAGCUUUAACUCAUUUUGAAAAUGAAGUUCUUUCUACUCGAACAAGAAAACGGAACUAAAUGGCUUAAAUUUUCAUGAUAUUUAUGUAUAAAACUUUUCUCGUACCUGUCACUGGAUUGAAAGUGGAAACCCCAAUCAAUGAAUUUGCCAACCUCUCUGAAGAGACUCGUUUAAGAUGUCAGAAGUUUGAAGUUUAAAACGUGCAAAAUUCCGAUUCAUCACUGCAUAGGAAUUCAAAAAUAAGUAAAAAAUGAUCAAAGUGAACGGCGAAAGAAUUCGUUUGCGUAAAAUUCGAAAAACUCAGAAUCUUAAAAAUAACAGAUUUGAAAACAAAAACAUUCAUGAGAAAAUUAUCUGAAAUAAAUGAGAAAUAAAAGAAUAAUCACUAGCCUUUUUGAAAGAAAAGUUUGAAAUAGAGGUCUUUCGAUUAGAAAAAAAAAUCUUAAUAAACAAAUUUUGAUUGUUUUUUUUUUCAAUAUCAGAAAAGAAAACAGUUUGAAAAAAUAAAAAUUAGAAACAAACACCAAACUUUUUUACCUUCAAACUCCAGUUGCUUUCGUUUUCAUCUUCUUAUAGACAACAAGUUACAGCCCUAGUCAAUGAUUUCGAAAAAAAGAGUCGGAUCUGAAAAUAAUUAUGGAAAACGAAGCAAAAUUCAAAACAAAAAAUAACAAAUUUUAAUGGAGAAAAGCGAUUGUCGUUCCGAUUUCGAGCAAAGUGCUUCAAAAAAAAAAAUCAUAUAUAAUGAAAAAAAUCCACGAAAUAUGUUUCGAAAACGAAUACUUUUAAAAUUAGUUACAGGUGGCUAAGCUCAAUCAUGAAAAAAACCUCUUGAAAAACGAGUAUCGUAAAGCAUGAAUCUGUGAAUAAAUUAUUAUUAUUAAAUUAGAACGAAUGAUUAUUCUUUCAUUGGUUUGAGAAAAAGUUUUCCUUUGAUUAUAUGAAAACAACUAUACCUUUUUAGCAACGGCGCGCCCAGGCGGUCAUGGGGGUCCUCAAAAGGUCGAGCAGGAUCGGCAACACGCUCCCUGGCCCCCAGCCCAAGCCGCCGGUGGACGCUCAGCCGAUCCCGUUGGCCGUUCUGGCGCCGCUGACGGCCGCCGAAGUCGGCGCAACAAUCCAGACGAGGCUGGCGGACUACGACAGCGGGGUUUACAUCCAGAACCUCGCUGUCGUGGUCAAGUUGGGACGUUACCUCACGACGGCACGCAGACUCUCGAGGAACCUCCCGUCGUCCGUCAAGGACUUGCAGGACCUCGAGAGUCUGAAAGAGAGUCUCUCUCGCCUGUUUUGAGGUCAGUGCUCAUUCAAAUUUAGCCUUUUUUAGUCAUUAAUAACCGUGAAGAACAAUAACGAAUCGAAACAAUAACAUUAAUCAGGAAACUUGGAGAAAAUCUUUGCUUUUCAAUUGGAAGAAAAAAAAUGAAAAAAAAAAACCGCGAUUUACGUUUUUAGGGUGACACAUCGAUUAGAAACCAAAAAGAAAAAAGUUUAAAAGGUCACGAAAAACUGACUGAAACAUGGCGAUAUGACAUUCAUAGUGAUUCUCAUGAGAAAGUUAUGACAAAAAAAUGCCGGAAAAUUCCCUAGUGGUUUUAGAAAACUGGAACAGUCGUCAAUGAAAAAGCAAAAAAGAUAACUUACCAGUCUGACGCAAGGGAAAAAGCGAACUCGCUGGCGGUACAUUGACGAACUCGCAAAAAUCUCGCUCUGCCUCGCAUUUUUCUAGGCGCGACCUCGCAUUACGAAAAUUCUCCAAAUGCGAAAGCGCCCCAAGGAAAAUGCAAGACCACCGCAUUUAAGAAGCAGCUUUGUUAACAAAACAUUUUUGAGGUAUUCAAUGUACUGCAAGCAACCUCGCUAUUGCCUUCACAGUUACUUUUUGUUGAUAAAACACCCAUAAAAUUUUAAUGUGCGUAAUUGCGUCGGUGUGAUUAGACCAAAUUCAUAACCUCAGGUUUAAAUUUAACAGGAGCCUUUUUUAAUUAGAGACUUUUUUCAGUCAAAUUGAAAAUUAUUGCGUUUUUGUUAUUUUUCCUUCUAAUGAAUAGCCGAAUCAAAUGCUGCUUGAUUUCUUACACAACUCAUUCUGAGAAACCGUAGCCUUCAAUUUUUUUCAAGUUUCUCUCGAUAGCUGAAAAAACAGAACUUGACUUCCUUCUUAUCAAACAUUGUGAAAAAUAUCUGUCGAAUAUUUACUUUUCGGAGCUUGAAGGUCUUCAUUGAGAUAUUUUUCAACUGAAAAGCCGCUUGUGAACCGUUGAAAAACUUAUUAUUUUAAGGUCUCCCCAAAUGUCAACUUCUCGCCGUGCUCGCUGCCUUCCGCUCACCCUUUUCGGUUAGUUAUUUUCUUAUUAAAAAAGCUAGGGUCGUGGGAAAAAAAUAUAGCUCAGGACCCUUUUUCAAUGGCUCAAGCUAGCCGUGGAUCAGCUAUAAAAAAAGUCUGAGAGUUUCGUAGCUUGAAAUUAGAAUCAUAUUUCUUAUUUACUGAUUUUUACAUCCAUCAAAAUUUUUUAUGAUGUAGAAUAGAAAUUUAUCUUAAUUCUUCAAAAGCAGGAAAUGGCUUCGUUUCUUUUCAAAGGAUGCUCGUUGGUUCGCUAUAAAUUUAAGCUCAUUCAAGUUUUUUAUUUGAAAAAAAUCGAGGAGCAGUCGAAAAAAAAUAAUAAUUCUGAUCAUUUUUGCUGAAGUUUGUAAUAAAAAAAAAAUUUAAACAGUGUAUUCUGUUUGUUCAUGAAACUCAAACCGGUUUUCUCAAGAAAAUUAGAACGUAAAAUACUUGCCUUCUUCUGAAAACUCGAGCGAGGGUUCUCGAACAACCGAAAUGAACGGAAAUUGGACUCCUGAAGUUCCCGGGUGCUCUCAAAAUAAUUUUAUUUGAAUUUUUGUAAAAAAAGGUUUUAUAAAAAAAGUAAAUGAAAUGGAGAAAGCUUUUUUUGAUGAAGUUCAAAUGGUGAAUUUCGUUGAUUCAUAAUAUUUAUUUCAAUUGUAGCAAAAAAAUAUGUUUUUUUAUAAAUAUAUUCUAUUAUAUUCAUAUCGUUAAAGCGUCCGAGCUCGUUAGAAGUUAAAUUAAUUACAAAUUUAUUUUUUGACUUUGAUUCAAAUUAUUAUUUUCAGCUGCCCUCCUUCUUUUUGUCUCGGUCAAGCGAUUUUCAUCGUACCGAAGAGGAGUGGAACACGGUCUUUCGACCGUUAGUACAACCUCAUAGGAACGAGGUAACUUUUGAAUCACUUUUGCCUUAUUUUAUUUCUCCCUUUCAGCAAAAAUCGUUGGUCUUUGGUUUUCUCCCAUCCUUGCUGAGGAUCGUCUCGUGGUCUUUCAUUCACGGACGUCGUCUCCUUUCUCCCCACCAAACUGUAAGUUUUGAAAAACUUACUGACCUAUUGCUUUUAUUAACCACGACUUUUUUUGAUGGUUAAAGUCGUGAUUGGAAGUUAUCUCAUAAUCCAAGGACUUAUUUCAGACUUCAUUUGAAUCGUUUUUCGCGCUCAGUCGCCAAGGCCGACAACAGGCAGGACCAUACUGA